AUAAUAAAUCUAUAUUUUACGCACUGUUUUAUAUCAGAACUUGAACACUUAAGAGCGCAGGCGCACCAAUGUGACAUAUACAAACCAACCUCACAUGGAUCUCCAUUUGCGCACAGAGUUCACAGCAGAACCGCUGGAGAAGAUUACCACAGUGCCAAGCAAAAAUGGAUUAAAGUCCAUAUUGUUUGUGUAUAUGGCAUCAUUUGUCAUUGGACACGAUAGAUUCGCAACAUGUCUUUUGACGCAACAUUGGCUCCGACAGCGGAUGCAAAGUUUCUGGAGCGGAACACCAGCAGCGCAUCUGAAUAUUCACACCUGCAGUCAGGUAUCAUCAUUGCCACCGUGUACGCGUUGAUUAUUAUUGUGGGAUUAAUUGGUAACGUGACGCUCAUCAGGACGUUUUGCAUCGUGAAGUCCAUGCGCAAUGUUCCCAAUCUGUUCAUGUCGAGUCUGGCUCUCGGAGACGUGUUGCUCCUGGUCACCUGCGCGCCCGUGGACGCCAGUAAGUUUUUGACGGAUGAGUGGAUCUUCGGACGGGUGGGUUGUAAACUCAUCCCGUUUAUCCAGCUAACUUCAGUCGGGGUGUCGGUGUUCACUCUCACGGCGUUGGCAGCGGACAGAUACAAGGCCAUUGUCAAACCAAUGGACAUCCAGACGUCACAUGCCACACUAAAGGUCUGCCUGAAAGCCACUUCAAUUUGGCUGCUCUCCAUGGUGCUGGCCAUUCCUGAGGCUGUGUUCUCUGACCUCCACACCUUCCACAUUCCUAAAAUCAACGAGAGCUUCAGAGCAUGUGCUCCAUACCCUCAUGAAGGAGAUCUGCACCCCAAAAUCCACUCCAUGGGCUCUUUCCUCAUUCUUUACAUCAUUCCUCUCCUCGUCAUCUCUGUGUACUAUAUCUUCAUCGCCAGGAGUCUGAUUCAGAGUGCGAGUAACAUGCCUGUGGAGGGAAAUGCCCACAUAAGGAGACAGAUCGAGUCACGGAUGCGUCUUGCCAAAACAGUGCUGGUGUUCGUGGGCCUUUUUGCCGUCUGCUGGCUCCCCAACCAUGUGAUUUACCUCUACCGUUCCUAUCACUACACAGAGGUGGACACUUCACUGGCCCAUUUCAUCUCCAGCGUAUGCGCGCGUAUCCUCGCCUUCACCAACUCGUGCGUCAACCCCUUCGCUCUCUACCUGCUCAGCAAAUCUUUUCGCAAGCAGUUCAACAAACAGCUUUGCUGCUGCUGUUCGUCCAUCAUCAUGCGUUCCCAAAACACAGCUCGUAACAACACUCGACUCAGCUCGCUCAAGAGCACCCAGAAUCAUUCUGUAGCCAGCUUCAGUCUUAUUAAUGGAAAUGCUGUUUGUCAGUAGGCUUUCUUUUUGUGUUAAAUAAUAGUAUUAAAUAUGAAAAGGAUUAACAUUCAUAUGAAGAUAAAAAAAAUUCAAGUGGUGUCUGUUUGUUAUUGUUGAAUUGCAAUUUUACCUGUAAUUGGUGUUUGCUCUUUUUGCUCUGAAUGGACAAAGAAAAUCCAGUUAUGGAAAAAGCAAGAGGACAAUUGUUGUUUCAAUGACUUGAAAAUAUUCUGUUUGGUUAGUCAGUUUCAAAAAUAUAAGAUGAAAAGACCAUGCUUGUCUAUAAUAAAUGUGCUUUUAGAGACAAAAUCAUACAAUGUGAUGGAGCGAACCAAUGUUAUGUAAUAUUUAUUUAUUUAGUUUUAUCCUACGUAUUUGGAUCAGUGUUUAAAGUGAGACUUGUGGUUAAAUGUGAACAAAUAUAUGGUCUUAUCUGCUUUACCUGUUAAAAGCGGAAAGGGUUAAAAUAUUUUUGUAGUUUAAAUGUUUAUAUGUAGAAAAGUGGUAACACUUUACAAUAAGGUUCAUUAGUUAACAUUAGUUAAUGUAUUAACUAACAUGAACAAACCAUGAGCAAUACAUUUGUUACAGUAUUUAUUAAUCUUUGUUAAUGUUAGUUAAUAGAAAUAAAGCUUUUAAUUGUUUUUUCAUGUUAGUUCACAGUGCAUUAACUAACGUUAGCAAGAUUUUAAUAAAGUAUUAGUAAUUGUUGAAAUUAACAAAUAUUAAUUUAUGCUGUAUAAGUGCAGUUAAUUAUUAGGUAACUAAUGUAGUUAACUAAUGAACAUUAUUGUAAAGUGUUACCAAAAUCUUUUGUAGUUACUUUUUUUCAGUUAAAAAGAAAUCUAUAUUCUAAAAGAAACACCAGAAAGCAUAUCCCCCAACCUCAACCCAAAAGUAAUAUCCAAUGGUGGAUUAUCAGGGGCUACUGAUAGUAAACAUCACAGUUUUAAAGAAAGGAAAUAAUUGUUUUUCAAAUAACAAAAUCUUAUCCCUUAGUUUAUACCUAAUUAUUUCUAAAUGUGGUUUGCCGGUCAGACAUAUUUCAAGAUUUUUUUCUUUCAGAGUUUUUGGCAGAAAUCAAUCCAUAGAAAACAAACUGCUGUCGUGUCCAAAUAUAAUUAAUAUAGGAUUUGGGGUUUAAAUCAUUUUAAAGGCCCUGUAUGGAUUAAUGACUCUAUGGAUUAUUGACGGAUGCUGUUGCAUACUUGGUCAGUAUUGUGUAUGUGGUAAACAGGAAAUUGGUCCCGGGUUGCCAGAGGAACAUUUUUAUGAGACACUUCAUCUUGUAGUGCCUUUAGGGAAGGCACUUUAUUUUUCUUCAGGCUAUUAGUAUUAAGAAUCCAGAAAAUAUAAUUUUGCUUUUUGAUUCCUCACAAAAUGCGUUCUCGUUUUUGCCGAAGCAUUGAAAAAACGGACAGCUUUUUAAUUAGUGCUUUGUCAUAAUGUCCUUUUUGACCC